GUGAAAUUCGUGAAAUUGUAAGGAACAACUAUAUUCCUGUUUAAAAAACUGCGAUUCUUGAAUUGACUAUCAGACACUCUAAUACUAAUACCGUACACUAAAAAAAAGUUUCACGUAUAAUUUUGGGACCUACUAUUAAAGAAAUAAAGAGUCGCAAACAAUGGACAAGGAGGCAUCUGAAUCUCCGAAUAAAGGUAAAAGUAGUAAAAUGCCAUGGCCAGCAUAUGUAGAGAUAUUUGAAGAAGAGAUAUUUCAAGAAAAAUUUGGAAAUGACAAAAAUUUGUCAUUUUUGUGCAAAAUUUGCAUCAACAAGAAAAUCAUACAUGCAAACAAAACUUCUACUUCCAAUUUAAGAAAACAUAUGAAUGCAAAACAUCCACACCUCUUGGACACCAUAGAUAAAAACAAAAUUAAAUUGUCAAAGAAACGUCCAAAUGAAGAUUCUGUAAAUAAUAUUCCAAAUAAACAUCAUACAUUGGAAAGAUGGGGCGCUGGGAAUUCAAUCGCUACUCAGAAAGGACUGGAUAAAGCAAUACUACAGUUUAUUAUUGAAAAUAUUCAACCUCUUUCCAUUGUAGAUAGUCUAUCAUUUAUAAAUUUGAUUAGAAUUGGACUUUCUUCACAUAUCAAUAUAAUGUGCAGAAAGACAUUAAAAGAAAGACUUUGUCAAAUGUAUCAUAGAAUGAAGAAUGUCCUAGAAAAAAAGUUGACAGAAAUAGAAAUAGUUGCGACAACGGCAGAUUUGUGGAGCAAAGGAAAAAGGUAUAAUAUGUGUAACUUAUAUUAAUAAACUCUGUUACCGACUCGGUCCGGCGUCCAUUUGAUAGGGAGUUGGAGGCGCUACGUGGCGCGCAGAUAGGCAGUAAGGUGGACACGACGUUAGUUUUUAGUUUUGCAAGUUUAUGUUCGAAUGCAAGUAACACACACAUUGUCUCGUGCUUACAAAUAAAGCAAUUUUAAGUUUUUAUCCCUUGGCAUCAUUCACACCAAUCCAUAACAUAAUUUUGGCGCCCAACGUUGAGGCACGAGACGAGGAAGAAAUCAGAAAAGCAUAAGUGAAAGCAGACAGACGCAUAAAGACAUUCUAGAAAUCGUCGCAGUGAGAACGGACGGAAAACAUGGCGGAAUUGAAGAAGGCUAAAUUAACGCGAGCUCGAGUCAAAGGACAAGUGACGCGGAUUUUCAAUUAUAUCUCAACAGAACAAGGCAUCACAUAUCAACAAGCAGAGACCCGUUGUCACAAACUGGAAGAAUUGUGGGUAGCGUUCAAUGAAAACCAACUACAACUGGAAGAAUUACGCAUAAAAGAAGAGGAAC